UCAGCCAAACUUUUUGAGACAAAAAGGUAAAGAAAGUACACAAAGCUGUCAUGGCCAAGAUAAUUUCCCAAGACACCUUCGAUGGUGUGGUCCAGGAGAAUGUGCUGGAGUUCUCCAUGAGCCCGGCCGAGGCAAAAGAGGAGACAAUCAAACAGUUCGAGGCACAGGGAAUAAAUCUGGCCAACAUUAUUAAAGAUUUGGCUGUCAAUCCGCAAUCCGGCAAACCCUUAAUCAACGAGAUGGUGGACAAAAUUAAAACGCAUAUAGGCCAGAAGGAGGCGGACACUCCCCAGCUGCUGGAUCAACUGGCAAUCUUGGACGAGGAGUGCCAGAAGUCGCUGGCGCACCGGGUACUUGCGGGAAAGAAUGGAGCUCACGAUGCAUUGAUCACUUUGCUAGAACAGACCCUGGCCGCGGCAGAGACGGAGCCAGAGAGAGACCAACAUGAUGCUGUGCUGAAAAAAUGCCUGCAGGCCGUCAACAGUUUGACAAACAAGCAACCGGACUUGUUCGAUGCGGAGGCAAUGGCUGUGGUCCUGAAGCUGCUGGCACUCAAGCAGGAGAAUCGACUGGAGAUUACCAUCCUGACGUUGCAGUGGUUGCAGAAAGCCUGCAUCAUGCAUGAAGUUAACCGCCAGAACAUAAUGAACACACCUGCUCUGAAGCUGCUGAAGCCGCUGCUGACCAAGGACAAUGCUCGCCUGAUGAGCGAGCUGACUGCCGUGUUCCGCUUCCUUGUGCUAGACGACGACAUACGCAUGGAGUUUGGCUGCGCCCACGAGCACGCCCGGCAAAUAGCCAACGAGUUUCUCCUGCCACUUGUGGAGCUGCUGCCGGCAUACCAGGAAGUGGAUGUGCUGGGUGACUUACUGCUCACCAUUGGCACACUGGCAGUGCGCCAGGAACUGUGCACUGCUAUCGAUGAGGCGGGCGGCCUGAAGACUAUCUUUGAGAUCAUGAGCAAUAACCUAGAAGAGGUGCGUUUGAACCGCGAAGCCUUGAAGCUAUUGCGAGCCAUGGCCGGUCACGACGCAGUUAAGGCUCACAUUGUGAAUCAGGGGGUGGCGCCCAUCAUCAAACAGCUCCUAGAGACACACCAGUCAAACGAGAAUAUUGUAGCCGCUGCCUUGGCCUGCAUUACAACGCUGACGUUGCGCGUCAAGGAGCACAGUACGGCCUUCUUCGAAACAGGAAUCGCCGAGGUACUUGUAGAGGCUAUGCGUACUCAUUCCAGCAACAAGAUUGUCCAGCGAAACGGGGCCUGGGCCAUACGAAACAUGGUAUCGCGUUCGCGCAGCCAAUGCGAGACUUGGAUCUCGUUUGGUGUCGAGGAUCUACUCAACACGGCAAUGACAGAGCACCCAAGCGUGGCGCAGGACAUUAAGGCCGCUCUGCGGGAUCUAGGCUGCACUGUCCAGCUGCGCGAGGAAUGGACUGGCACAGCUGAGAAGAAGAUUGCUGCCUAGCACAAGCACUCAUUAAUAACAGCGACAAUUGAUUAUGUAUUUUGUAUUUUUAUAACCUAGGUAUAACUUCAUUAUUCUGCAUGCCAGCACGAGCUACACACUCACUCCUACUACUGAUAAAUCGUGCAUUUGCUAACCUAAAAUAUCAUCCUCAAUAGCUAUCGCAAUCUAUUCACAA